AUGGAACAUGCAACCCUGGUUGAAAAAUACACGGCUGCCCAGCAAGACUGGCUGGAUCGUAUGUCUACCCUCGACGCAACAUCAACACAAUGGGACAUCGUUCUGACAUUUCGCGAUCUUCUACUUUCGCAAACUAAUCCACUCGCCGCCGCAAAACGUAUAGCAGAGCUGAUACUCUCACAUCCAAACGUUAUGGAAGCCUACGACUACACGUUAGGCUGUUUCCUUGAAGCUGUCGAGUUCUUUCCUAGCAAUAAUAUCUCAUCACUCCUUGCCGCCUUUCUGGCUACCCUAGCUGGCUUGCCCGACGCGACGAAUCAGAGGGAAGAGCCAUUGCUCUGGCAUCAUCUUCCCCGGUUCUCACUUUGGUUGCGAGAAAGAAUGAAUGGACCAGAAGCUUAUCUCAGCAGAGGCGACUCUCCUGAGACUGCGAAAGCGACAUGGAAGAAUAUAAACACUUUUGUUGCGAUACUGUUCCGAGACCACGGAACCAAGUUUCCAGAACUAUUCGGUCCCCUGGUCACAUAUGCUUUCGCCACUCUUGCUGAUGCUCUUGAGAGUUCACCCAGGUCAAGGCUUGGGAGGAACGUGCCACUGCACUUGCCAGCAGCAUAUCAGUGGAUUCUACUGGCUGGGGUGGAAGUCUACAACGCUGUCAAGGAACGAGAUAACGAAGAGUUUUGGUCGGCGAGAGCAGGACAACUUUGGACUCGAGAAGGCGUGAGAGACGAAGUUGACGAGAAACGGUGGUGCUUCUGGAUGUACAGAUUCGGAGAGUUGAAGGCAGAUGCUCGAUUGGAUGCUGCCAUGAAUUGGGAGGCUGCACAAGCAGAACUGAGAAUGGAAAAUCUGGCGAUCGGAUGGAAUUCUGAAAGUUGA